AUGUCUUUACUAAAAGAUCAAUAUCUAGAAGAGGUUAACAAAAGAAUUAUUGAUAGUACUAUAAAAAAAUGUAGCAAAUUUUACAACGUUCGAAUUCUUGAAGCUAUUAAAAUAAGAUGGUUAAAAAUUUAUGAACAAAAAUUAAAAAACAUGAACAGUUCUAUGGAUAACACAAAUGAAAAUAUUGAGGACAAAAAUAAAAAUCAAACCAAUAACGAUUUCGAUGAAGACGAAUUUGAGGAUGCUGAAGUGGAUGAAAAGCAAAUUGCAGACUUUUCUGACCAUGAAGAUGAAAAUGAUGAAGAAUUGAAUGACUUAGACGAUGUUUCGAUAAGUGAUCUAAGCGAUGUAGACCCCCCAACAAAUAAUGUUAUUGUUGCCAUAUCAGAAAAGAUAUCAAAACCAUGUGGAAGAAGAAAUGCUAACAACAACUGGAAAAUUAAACUAAAAGGGGGACUGAUGAAGGUGGAUGGAAAAGAAAUGUUUUUUCGAAGUUUACAAGGAGACCUUGAAUUUUGA